GAAAUCGCUACAAACAGGAACCCGGGAUCUGAGCGGACCUUCAGUAACAGCAGCGCAGCGCGAGUUACUGAAUUAUAUUCAGCACAUUUUCACGGUAGAGAUUAUUUCAUGGACAUCACUAAGGGCAGUCUGGAGGAGAUCUCUCGGCCAGCCUCCAGUGAGCGCUCUCGACCGGGCAGCCGUGUGUCCAGCAUAUCUCUCUCUGAACUGGGAAGAGUGAGUGUGGAGAGCCCGGGGUCUCUGGAGGUUCUGAGCACAGAAACUCCAUCAACACAGGCAGACAGUGGAAUUGAGAAGGAUGAGGAUUUAGACUGCCCUUCAGAAAACUCAGCCCCCGGUCAGGAUGUGUCUGAUGAAGAGACUGAAGAUACCCAGUUGCAGAAAGCCAUUAAGAAAAUGAAAAGACUGGAUAGAAGACUGGCUCUGGCGAUUCGCAAUGAAGAAGAGGUGAAAAAGCGAGGGAGGGAACUUCAUCAGAAACUCUGGCAAGAACUGCAGGAUCUUAAAUCUGAAAUGAAGGCAGAGUGCAGUGACCAGGUAGAAAACACACGGUCGUUUUUGGCACUAAUGUCCAGCAGUUCUUGCAGUGAGGAGAUGGAGUUUGUACCUGUGUUUGGGACCCAGGUUCCAGAUGAAAGCACUGCAUCAUGCCCCCUGAGCCGGGAGAAUAAAGAGGUCGGAGGUCACGCUGAGUCUUCAGGCUCUCUAGAUGGGGGUCGGAAGGUGAGGCAAGACAAGCAGACAGACAGCAGAGAGACCACAGACGGCAACAGCAAGCACAGACAAGAUUUCAUCCAAACAAACAUCGAGCUUGCAGGUGACGCAGUGCGUAUGACUCAGAGGGAGAAAGAGCGCUUACAGGAGCUCCUCAAGGACAUAGAAGAAGAAGAGGAGGCUUAUGAUGACCCACUGGCCAACCCUGAGCUUGCAGGUGAUGUGGGGAGUGGAGUUUUGACUCAGAAAGAAAAAGACAGAUUAAAUCAGCUCCUCAGUGACUUAGAAGAAGAAGAAGAAGAAGAUUAUGAUGACCCACUGGCCAGCCCUGAGGCAGACUUUUCACUGUGGACUGUGCCCACCACAUCUGGUGAGGGUUACACGCCCCAGCCGGCCGAGCUUGACCAGCUCCUUCAUAUCGAUGCCAGACUGCAGCUCCUACUUCCUGUUGAGGACUUCUUCUGUGUGAGAAGCCCAUAUACUGACCGCAGCCUGACCCAGUGUGGGCUGCAGGGUUCGGAUGGAGAGCGUGGUGAAGAGCGGCGGCCGCCGGGGGAGAGGGUCCUGAGGGAUAUGAGGGAGAGCAGAGGGCAGGAGGAACGUCUGCGAGAGAUCCAGCAGCAGCUGCAGCUCCUGGGACUCGGCCAGCAGAGCAGCGUUCUACCUGAAGAGCAGCUACAGCGUCUGCUGGAGGAAUGUCAGACGGCCGUGAGCAGAUGUUCUCGAUUAAGUACAGAGGAUUCUUGCCCUGCGCCGUACUGCGCUCUGGAAGGACCCGAGGUGUCUCUGCUGGCCAGCAUGCCCUGCCUGUCCAGUUCUGCUCUCUCAGAGCUCAUGCAGGAGAUCUGUGAGGGUGAACAUGAAGAGACCCGGGACUGAGAACUGAGAGCUAUGAUCAGCGUGUGCAGGCUGUGAUAUAAUAUUAAUGAUUGAUUCUAGACUCUGAUUUGAAAAAAAAAGGCAUGAGUCUACUAGACAUCUUAAAUGGUGUAAAUUCUCAGAUAAAAAUUGUGUUUUGUUAUUUUUACCAAAAUAUUAUUGCAAAAAUUGCAAAAAGCAUUGCCAUACUUAUGUAAGAGUUACACCUUAAACUAAAAAAAUGAAAAAAUCAUGAAGAAAAAUGGAAAAAGUCAUUUAUUGCAAUUUGAUUUAUGAGCAGAACAUUCCAGUCAUAUUUUCCCCAAAGUGCUUCUCCUGCUGAAGAGCUUUACCCUCUCUGCAUCACGACUAAGUUCACUUUUAUCCGUGAAUUUAAAUUCAAUUUAAAGUUCAGAGUAAAUGUGGUUGUGUAGUUUUUGAUUAUCAUGUAUGUCUGUUUUUUUUAAGGGUCAUUAAAAAAAAAGUAAUCAUAUUUAAUAUUAAGUCUUUAAUCAUUUUUCCAACCUUAAUAACUUUUUAUUUUUACUUUUUACUAUUUUUCCAUUUUUAACCGACUAUAAGGCGCACCGGAUUAUAAGCCGCAUUUUAAGCGACACUAGUAAGGAACAAGGGUGUUGCCAUUGUGUUAAUCUACACAGAUUUCUCUCCUAUAAACUGUUUAUUUGGGUGAGUAAAGCCCUUCAGUUUAUUUACAGUAAGCUUAGAUUUUAAAUAUUUUAAACAGCACGGUUAGCAGCGCUUAGGCUACAUUCCGAUAUAUACUCACCUCUGAACGGCAAAAGAGCUAGCGCUGCGGUAGCAGCUAAUGCUAAUGCUGCUCCAGCCUUAGUGCUGGAGAAACUUUACUAAAACUCCUGUAUAGCUCUGUACUUCAGCAGAGUGGCUUUACUGCUCCUUAAUACCUGACUGGUAGAAUUCAUACAUAAUAAGGAGCACAGACGAUUUUUUGGAAAAUUAAAGGAUUUUAAGUGCACCAUAUAGUGCGAAACAUACAAUUUUUUAAUGUCUAAAGCAUUCCCAAGUUUCUAAAUUAAUAUACACUUGUUUGUCUUUGCAUUAUUUUAGGUCUAAAAGCAACAUUUAUCAUUUUCUGCGAAUAAAUGCUCUAAAUGUCAAUAGUUUUAUUUGGAAUUUGGGAGAAAUGUUGUCAUUAGUUUGUAGAAUUUGGGACAAAAUGCAUUUUUAUUAGCGAUUAGCAAUAAUUCUUACAAACUACUAAACUUUCAAACAGCACUAACAACUCCAUUAACACUCGGGAACAUGUAGAAAUGUGUGUUGGAAGAUAGCGAUGGUGCUCCAGUGCUUCAGCUGUUCAAACAGGAUGUGAAAAGAUCCACAAAAUCAAGUCUAUUUUAGGAUUAUUUCAGGUUAUGAGCACACAUCCAACAGUCAAAGAGCAAAAGUUACCCCUUAAAAGAAUUUCAAAGCAGGGUGUAACACGCCCUUUUCCCUUCAUAGCUACAUUUGCAAGAAAAAGUAUGUGAACCCUUUGGGACUAUACUUGGAUUUUUGCAUAAAUUGGUCAUUAAAUGUGUUUUAAACUUCAUCUACAUCACAACAAUAGACAAACACAGUCUGCUUAAAUUAAUACCACACAAACAAUUUAUAUG